GGGAGGGGGGGAGCGCACGUCGAUUUUUUCACAGUCAUACGUAUUCUAGAGUUCGCAGAGAGAUGAUCUGUGUGACAACACAAUAUUUUAGUCGUAACAGAAUGCUUCUGCUAGUUAUGGGCUUGUGGCCCUAUCAACAGUCAAAAUUUGAUCGAUUUCGAUUUAUUUUCUUCCUUAGUAUUUUGAUCUCUGCUGUUUUAUUUCAAUUUACUACAUUUUUGAAUUCAAAGUAUACUGCUGAUUUUGUCGUCAAGAUUCUAUCUAGUGCUCUCUUUUUCACUAUCUUUGUUAUAAAAUAUAUAUUUUUCGCUAUUAAUACCGAAACUGUGAAAGAUUUACUGACACAACUUCAACAUGUGUACGACCAACUAAAAGAUGAAUAUGAAAAUGCUAUCGUUGAAAAAUAUGGCUAUAAUGCGAAACGUGUUACGCUUAUGCUUACAACAUUUUGUAUUUGUAGUAUAUCUGCUCUUAUUGUUGUACAAUUUUGGUCGAAUGUAAUUGAUAUUAUUUUACCGAUAAAUGUCUCUCGACCACAUCAUUUGCCGAUUUUGACUGAAUAUUUCGUCGAUCAAGAAAAAUAUUUCUUUUUAAUUCUGCUACACUUAAAUGCAGCAUUUUGUACAGGAAUAGCUGUAGUAGUAGCAAUUGGAACGAUGCUUAUUGCAUAUCUGAUACAUAUCUGUGGACUGUUUAAAAUCACUAGUUAUCGCAUCAAAUACGCAAUGAGGAAAAGUAUUUUACAAAAUUAUUGUCCGAAAAAUGAUAUGUUGAUAUUAGAAGAAAUAAGAUAUGCCGUAGAUUUACACCGGCAAGCUAUGAAAUUAUCCAAAACUUUGGUGUCCAGAUUUGAAAAAAUGUUAUUCUGUUUAAUAGCAGUAGGAGUAAUAUCACUGAGCCUUAAUCUUUUUCAGAUAUGACGUUCAGUGGUACAUAGCUCCGUUAUAUGUACAGAAACUGAUGCUAUUUUUGUUGUUAAAAGAUGCCAAAGAUUUUACUUUAGGGGUCGGUGGAUUAUUUAUCGGAUCAUUAGAGUGUUUUGCCACGUUGGUGAAAACUUCGGUCUCAUAUUUUACCGUCAUAUAUUCGACGCAAUAAUAAGGAAAGAAGAGAAAUAAUAACGA